AUGGUCAUCCGAGAACAUGAAUUUUCUUUCGUUGAAGGAGCUGUGAAGGGAGGUCCGAAAGCUUCGCGUAUGCGGUCACAGGAGAACAUGAAAUUCCAUGUGCUUCUGACUUCUUACGAAUGUAUCAAUAUGGAUAAGGCAAUUCUAUCUUCGAUUGAGUGGGAAGCGUUGGUGGUUGAUGAAGCUCAUCGUUUGAAAAACAAUCAGUCGACAUUCUUCAAAAAUCUCCGUGAGUACAACAUCAACUAUCGCGUCCUUCUCACUGGAACACCUCUUCAAAACAAUCUCGAGGAAUUGUUCCACUUGUUGAACUUCCUUGCUCCGGAUCGCUUCUAUGACCUGGAAUCGUUCACACUUGAGUUCGCCGAAAUCUCAAAGGAAGACCAGAUCCAGAAGUUGCACUCUCUUCUUGGUCCCCAUAUGUUGCGUCGUCUCAAAGCUGAUGUGUUGACUGGAAUGCCUUCCAAGAGUGAACUGAUUGUUCGAGUAGAACUUAGUUCUUUGCAGAAAAAAUACUACAAAAAUAUCCUUACACGCAACUUCGAUGCUUUGAAUGUCAAGAACGGUGGCUCGCAAAUGUCGCUGAUCAACAUCAUUAUGGAACUGAAGAAGUGUUGUAAUCACCCUUACCUAUUUCUCAAAGCUAGUCUAGAAGCUCCAAAGCUGAAGAAUGGAAUGUAUGAAGGAAGUCAGCUUAUCAAAAAUGCAGGAAAAUUUGUUUUGCUGCAAAAAAUGAUGCGAAAAUUGAAGGAGACCGGGCAUCGUGUCCUGAUUUUCUCUCAAAUGACCAUGUAAGA